GUGGGCUUGUGAAAGAUUCCAUGCGUACCUGUAUGGAAUAGAGUUUGAUCUAGUGACUGAUCACAAACCGCUUGAAGUCAUUUAUUCACCGAGAUCUAAGCCAUGAGCGAGAAUAGAGUGGUGGGUUCUGAGGCUUCAACAGUACAAGUACAGGGUAGUCCACAUCGCAGGAAAGUCCAACAUAGCAGAUCCAUUGUCAAGAUUGCUGAAGGAUGAUCAACCGAGAGAAACUUCUGUGUUGGAAACAGAAGCAGAGAGCUUUGUGCGUUUUGUGGCAGUCUAGUCAACGCCAGGUGCGGUGACAACGAAGGAAGUCGAAAGAGAAUCUGAACAUGAUCCUGAACUCGAAGUUAUCAGAGAGUGUAUUCACAGUGGACAAUGGGAUGAUUGUCCAUAUCAAGCAUACAUUCCCAUCAAGGAUGAACUCUGUAUAAUUGGUCAGUGUGUGCUGAGAGGUAGCAGAUUGGUGAUUCCACAGGCACAGAGGCCAAAGAUGGUGUCAUUAGCUCACGAAGGACACCUGGGCAUUGUUGGCACCAAACAGAAUUUGAGAACCAAGGUAUGGUGGCCAGGAUGUGAGAAAGAUGCAGAGAAAUUCGUCAAGACUUGUCAUGGUUGCCAAAUCACAAGCAGGGGUAAUCCACCAGAACCAAUUCGAAGUACUAUGGUGCCAACAGGACCUUGGGUGGAUGUAGCUGUUGAUUUCCUAGGACCACUUCCGACAGGAGAAUCUAUACUUGUGGUAGUUGAUUAUUAUAGCAGAUACUACGAGUAUGCAAUCAUGAAAUCAACCACUGCAAAGACAGUCAAAGCCCUGGCUGAAAUCUUUGGCAGACAUGGGUUACCUGUGACGUUAUACUCAGACAAUGGACCCCAGUUCAUCUCAGAAGUUUUCGCAGAGUACAUGAACAUUACAGGAAUUCACCACCAUCGGGUGACUCCUAAAUGGCCCCAAGCCAACGGCGAGGUCGAAAGACAGAACCAGAGUAUAGUAAAAAGGCUUAGAAUUGCACAGGCAGAAGGCAAGGAUUGGAAGGAGGCCUUGCUAACUUACGUCGCAGUCUACCGGGCUAGUACUCAUUCGACAACGGGAAAAAGCCCGGCAGAAGUGUUGUUCGGGAGAAAGAUCCGAACUAAACUACCACAAAUCCAGGACAUUAGUGAGGAUCAGGAACUCAGAGACAGGGACCUCCAAAUGAAAAGUGGUGCAAAACACUAUGCAGAUCUGAAGAGGGGAGCCGUACAUUCUGACAUAGUGCCAGGAGAUAAGGUGAUAGUAAGACGUGAUGAAAGGAGGAAACUAGACACGCCAUCCUUUAGCCAGCCAUACACAGUGACAGCAAGAACAGGAAGUAUGGUAACUGUGAAAUCUCCUGACGGAGUCCUGUAUAAUAGGAAUGUAUCAAGUGUAAAAAGAUACAUGUCCCGAGACACUCAUAAUGAAGCUGCCAAUCCAGAGAGGACAGACGGCAAUCCUGAGGCGGUGACCGGUAUUCCUGAAGGGUCGGACGGUAAUCCUGAGGCGGAGACCAGUACUCCUGAGGCGGUGACCAGAGAUCCAGACUCAGAGGCAGCGAGCAACACAUCAGGCGGUGACCAGAGACAUCAAGAUGGUGAUACCCAAGCAGAGACAACAAACACCAACGUUCCUAUGGCAGCUAGUAGACCACAACGCCAGAGAAGAUUCCCUAAGCGAUAUGAUGAUUUUGUGUGAUUCCAGAUCAAUAUGGUGGGGAUGAGCUCUUUGUAAAAUAGCGACAGUGAUAUAUGAAACUACAUGUGCCAAGGAGAAAUGUUUGGAAAUCAUUGGUUGAAGCCAAGUUAUGAUUUAAAGGGUGUACGCCUUGCGCUGCCCAUAUUUGUGAAAUCGACAUGUUGGAGAAAUCACCAUGGAAACCAAGCGUACGAGGAAGUUGUGUUAUGUGCUAAAAUAAUAAGUUCUGAUAUAUAUGUUUCAAUAUUACACA